AUCGCCAGAUAAAUUCUAGGGUUGUUGUGGGAUCUCCUACUAUAAGUCGUUUGUUUUUUAUACAACAAUCAAACGUACUACGAAUAAAUAGCGGAUAAAUAUCCAUCAUGGAAUUGAAAUUAUUCAAUUGUUACUUUGAUAAUGGCGGCAAAGGGUGCCUCCAAAGAAUCUUUUUAUUUUCGUGAGGAGUGGAAGUUAUUACCUGAUUUAUUUAAUGUUGAUGAUUAUUAUGAUUGCAUUGCUAAUGGAAAUAUUUAUUGUGCUGUCGAUGCAAAACUUUGGACCAUGAACACGAGCAGUGAAAUUUGGAACUUUUUAGAGGAAAUUGACAGAGACAUGAACAUGUAUAGACGGAAAGUUCUUCAUAGAUAUUUAUGUAUGCCUCUAGGAGUAUUGGGCUCAGAAGUAUCUAUGAAACGAUACAGUGAUGCGCUUAUAGAUGCGGAAAUAAAAAAUAUAGGUUUAAAUGCGACUAGUGAAAUAUUGGCCUGUUCUAAUGGAAUUGUAACACCAACGCGUUAUGAUUACAUCCUAUGUGCAUUUUUCGUCGUCUACAUGACUACCGUUUUGUUAGCGACACUACUGGAUGUAGCAGGCAGAAUGCCAGAAACACACUUUAUAGUUAAAUUUUCUCUCCGCUAUAACUGGAAGCAGUUAUUAAAAACCAGCAGGGGCGAAGAUUACACAAGACUGAAAUGCAUGCAAGGAAUACGCUUUUUAAAUAUGAUCCUAAUUAUAGACUUGCACUUAAAAUUGAUGUAUACUUGGUUCAAUACUAACCAUACAGAAUAUAUGGAGCAGAUAAUACUGAAAUCAAGUGACCUACAGUAGUGAAAUUCCAAAACUGGAUAUUUACCAAUUAGAAAUGGAGAGCUUUUUUUGGACAGCAAGCAAGUGUAAGAAUGAGUGGGGAGCUUAAUAGCUGAGAACUUAUUAUCACUCCGAUAUUAUCAUGAUGAUAACAUUUUUCUCUUAAUUAUCAAGGCAAAAUUUCCAGUUUUGAAAUUUGAUAACUUGUAUAUUAAUUCUAAUUCUAUUCUUGUAACGAGGCGUUUCUUCGAUUAUAUUUUAGCUAAAUGACAUCGUGAUACUUAAAUUACUCAACCACACAGACUUCUUUUUGGUACAAACAUUUUUCAUGAUAUCUACUUGGUUAUUAGUUAUCAAAAUUUAUGAUAUACAAAAUAAACACGGACGUUUUUCAUUCAAGCACAUGUGCACUGUCUUAUUGAACAGAUAUUUUAGGUUAGCUGUCGCCUUAGCGGUGCCUCUAGCAGUUAAUAAAUCUGACCUGUUCAUGUUUAAUAUAGUGAGUCCCAGGAAUAUUGUAAUAGAAAAUGCAAGAAAGCAAUCCUGUGAUAACAACAGCUUAGCAACUAUACUUUUCUACAACAACCUUUUUUAUUAUAAAGAUACCUGCCAUUUUGUGACUUGGUACCUUUCCGCUGAUUUUCAAUUAUUUGUUCUAAUAGCCUUUACAUUUUACUAUGCUCUGAAGUAUAAAUUGGAUGACAAAUAUCUAUGGGCUUCUUUAUAUCUGACGAUCUAUAUCAUCUAUGGAUGCAUUCUCUAUUACAUUGAUAUGGAUGUUCUUGUUCGGCCCAGGUUAAGAAAUUUCGAAUUAGUGCCAUUUUUUGAGUCAUUUCCAAUCCUUGUACAUUACCAAUCUACAUUGUCGAAUAUCCUUACUAGCUACAUUGGGGUAUUACUUGGAACUGUUUACAUCAAGAGCAAAACUCUGAACCGUAUUAAAUACCUUAAGCUUAUAAAAUUACUCUGGCUUCCCGCAUUCAUCUUUUUCCCAUUAAUUGCUGUCUUUUUGACAACUAUUGAAUACAGUAGAAUUAUGGCAGCGAUUAUAGGGCCUAUAUUAAAAUCUUUGUUUACACUUGGUAUUGGAACUGGAAUUUUGGGCAUGUCAGUCAACCUAGGAGGUGUAGUUAAAAGAAUACUUGAAUCAAGAUUUUUGGAAUUAAUGGGCAACGUUGCUUAUUGUACCUACCUAUACCAUAUGUUUGUAUUAUUUUGGUAUCUGGAAUACUGGACCAUGACUGGGAGCAUAGUAAAUAUUCUGAAGGACUUAGGUGUCCUUGUUGGGCAAGUUUUGUUCUCGGCUAAUUGACAACCUUGGUGUUUGAGCUACCAGGACAGAAUAUUCAACAAUUGUUACUGCCACAAAUUCCCAAACAAUCAAAAUCCAAAGACGCAUAAUCUUGUUGAACUGCUGUUAUACAGUUAUCACCACAGGGUUUGUUGUUGGAGAUUCAGUAAUUCAGCCCCAAGUGAGGUUUCAUAAAUUUUUGUAAUACUCAUAUAUUUCUAACUAUAAUGAGUUUAACAAAUACGUUACAUGAUAAAGUAAUUAUGAAUGUUAUAAAAGCUUAACUAA